AUGCUUGAAGAGUUUCCCGUCUUCAUGAUGCAUAGAGCCAGCAUAGAAGUAAGAGAUGAAAAGUAUCUGCAGCAGGUAAUAGACGACAAAGACAUUCCUGACAGAGGGCUGGACACAGCCCUGUUCGACCGCAAAGAGAAAAAAGAAGAGGAGAAGGACAAAGACCCUGAAGAAGAUAAGAAAACAUUUCCCAUUCUACUGGAACAAGCCAUCUGUCCAAGGCAGCUGUUCGAUGCCAAGAACUGGCCAGGGAUACAUCUGUCAGAGAUAGAGCUGAGCACAGAGGAGAUGAAGAGCAUGAGCAAAAUAAUCCAGAAGCCUCCACACUCGUACGCAGUGCUCAUCAAAAAGGCUCUCAAUGAAACAACAGAGGGCCAGCUGAGUCUGAAUGGGAUAUACAACUGGAUCAAGAGCAAUUACCCGUACUACAAAACAGCAGACCCUGCGUGGCAGAACUCCAUACGCCACAACCUUUCUCUUAAUAAAAUGUUCGAGAAGGUGAAGAGGCCUGCUACGGAGCCUGGGAAGGGAGGGUUCUGGAAGAUAAACUCGCACUUUCAGCCCGUCAAGGCACGGACAAAGAAGGAGAAAGAAAAUAGAAAAGAGUAA